AUGUGCUGGGCAAGUCAUGCUGAAAGCGAGAUAGCCACCACCUACCUCAACCGGACGACGGCGAAAUUGGGCAUUAGCGACACGCCUAUGUAUAGCUUUCCUCUCGCAGAAGUGACAGCAUUGGAUGAUCUUUAUGGCGGAGUGUCGGAUUCAAGUCUUCGCCUCUAUUGCGAGUCCGCCCUUCUGGAAGCUGCAGCUCAAUUCCAAGUUCCGGUCGCUACGUUCACGGCUACAUCAACCAUUGCUGGCUCUCAUAUAACAUACACGUCCGUGUCUACGGACUAUGUGGUCAGCGUAACAGCUAAGCCGCCCUGUUGUGCAGACCGUCCCAUCGCUGGGAAUCCUGCUCAACUGCGGUACUUUCCAAGUACUGAGUCUACGAUAUCGGGCGCGAGCGUAACAGUUACAUCUCCAUCCGUAUACCUAGUUCUGUCGUCUGUGAGAGCGACCAACCUUUGCGGUACCGUCGGCACUGAAUCUACGCAAAUAGUCACAUUGUCGUUUCCACCGAAUUACCUGUACACUUACGUUGGGGAGGUGGGAAACUUAGGCAUUCCAGGAAAUCGGGUCUCUUCCGACUUUUUUAAUCCCACUGACUUGGCAAAUUGUACGACUUCGACCGUCUUCACCAAUUUCGGAGCACAUUUCGCCGACCCUUACAGUCUAUUCAUUGUUGCACCUACACAGCUAUUGGACAUUGACCCAGCGUUUAGUACAUGCACGCUUGCAGCCCUCGGAUUUCACGAUCCACCCACAGCGCUCACUCCUGCCAAGUAUCUCGCACCUCCUCCCACUCCUCCACCAGCGCCUGGUCCGACUCCAACUGCCAACGAACCCAAGGCUACGAUUGGCGCCGGUCAACAAGCUUCGAAUCUGCAGCCUAAUCCGCCGGUCGGCAGUCCAUCCGACCCUGCAUCGGACAAACUUGCGCCGAACGAUCCUUCGCCAGGUAUCCCUUCACCAACUAGCUUCGCACUAAAUCCUCUUUUGAUCAACCCAUCGCCAAUUGAGAACCCUCAACAGGCACCAGGCAGCACUCCAGGAAUUGUUGGCUCAAAGACUCAACCUCAGCAACUGCCACCCGCCGUUGAUUCGAGCGAUUCAGGCUCCAACGAUCAGUCACAGCCGGCCGUGCCUGGCGCGGUCUCAAUACCCAUCCCAGAACCUUCCUUCAGUACAGGACAAGGCCAACACAAACCGUCGGUUAUAUCAGUGUUGGGCCAGGCAUUUACUGCCAGCUCUGACUCUGUUUUCGUAGUUCCAUCCGCAACACUUAUACCCCGUGGUCCGCCCAUCACAAUCUCAAACACCCCUGUAUCUCUUGCUCCGUCUGCAAACUCCGUCCUCGUCGGCCUUAACACGUAUGUUGGAGGUACUGCGCCAACGUCGGCAGUAGCAGUAUUUCCACUUGGAGACAAGUCUAUAACUGCAAAUACCGCCUCCCAAUUUAUCAUAGGGUCUCAGACUCUGAACCCUGGCGGCGUCGUCAUGGUUUGGGUACCCCCGCUCACUGCAUUCUGGAUCCUCAUACGCCCUACCAAUUCACCUGCCGCAUUGGCGUUUGCGGGCCAAAUCUACAAGGCAAACCCAACAGACGGGGCUUUCGUCGUUGGUAGUCGGACCGUUACCCCUGGCGGUGCCAUCACUGUAGCUGGUACUCGAAUUCCCCUGCGUUCUGGGUCCUCAUUUGCCCUGGUGGGUCCGUCAACAAUCUCGCUAAUUCGUUAUCCAAGUAGGACCAAUUUCCAAGACGUCUUGACGUUCGUAGGUCAGACGUACACUGCAGACUCGCGGAAUGGCGCCUUUGUCAUUGGCGGCCAGACUGUCACACCUGGCGGCGCUAUUACAGUUGCCGGAACGCGAAUUGCUUUAGUUCCUACCGCUGCCUAUGCAGUGGGAGGCACAUCCACGAUCCCACUGCAAGGCAACUUGCAAACUCUCAUUACAUUCGCUGGCUCAACGUACACAGCGACUCCAGGGAGCUUCAUGAUUGGCAGCCAAACAUUGACACCCGGGGGUGCUAUCACCGUCUCCGGGACUCGCAUAUCUUUAUCUCCUGUUCCAGCCACUCCAUACGCGGUGAUCCGCUCAUCAACGCUUCCGCUUGUGCCUGCCACCGUUGGGCCAGAUUUUUCGACUUAUGGUGGGCAGGUCUACAUGGCAAACUUGCCAACCGACUUUGUCAUUGCUUGGCAGACGUUGACGCCUGGUAGAUUAAUUACGGCGGAUGGAACUCCGAUAUCACUCGCGCCAGCCGCAACGGAUGCUGUGGUGGGAAUGAGCACUAUAGGUAUUAGAGGUUAUAUCAAGAACGGGUUCAAUGGCCGCGGAGAAAGUGGUGCUAGGGGCAAUGAGAGUGUGGCGCAAUUCUGA